GCCGUGGCGCACUACGAGCAGGCGGCCGAUUACUACCGAGGGGAGGAAUCCACCAGCUCAGCCAACAAGUGCCUGCUGAAGGUGGCGGCGUACGCGGCGCAGCUCGAGCAGUUCCCGCGCGCCAUCGACAUCUACGAGCAGGUGGGGGCGGUGGCCAUGGACAGCCCCCUGCUCAAGUACAGCGCCAAGGAGCAUUUCUUCAGGGCCGCCCUCUGCCACUUCUGCGUCGACAUGCUCAACGCCAAGGUGAUUAAUUAA